AUGCCACAUUACGUCAAAUCAAAACUUAUAAGAGCUAGGUUUUUACACCUCUGGAGCCCUGUAGCACUUAUCUAUUGUGGCACCGUACCACUGAUCUAUCGUGACCCCGUACCACUGAUCUAUCGUGACCCCGUACCACUGAUCUAUCGUGACCCCGUACCACUGAUCUAUCGUGACCCUGUACCACUGAUCUAUUGUGACCCUGUACCACUGAUCUAUCGUGACCCUGUACCACUGAUCUACUGUGACCCUGUACCACUGAUCUAUUGUGACCCUGUACCACUGAUCUGUUGUGACCCUGUACCACUGAUCUAUUGUGACCCUGUACCACUGAUCUACUGUGACCCUGUACCACUGAUCUAUUGUGACCCCGUACCACUGAUCUAUCGUGGCCUCCUACCACUGAUCUAUUGUGACCCCGUACCACUGAUCUAUCGUGGCCUCCUACCACUGAUCUAUUGUGACCCUGUACCACUGAUCUAUUGUGACCCUGUACCACUGAUCUAUUGUGACCCUGUACCACUGAUCUAUUGUGACCCUGUACCACUGAUCUAUUGUGACCCUGUACCACUGAUCUAUUGUGACCCUGUACCACUGAUCUAUUGUGACCCUGUACCACUGAUCUAUUGUGACCCUGUACCACUGAUCUAUUGUGGCCCAGUACCACUGAUCUAUCGUGACCCUGUACCACUGAUCUAUUGUGGCCCAGUACCACUGAUCUAUCGUGGCCCCGUACCACUGAUCUACUGUGACUCUGUACCACUGAUCUACUGUGACCCUGUACCACUGAUCUAUUGUGACCCUGUACCACUGAUCUAUUGUGGGCCCCGUACCACUGAUCUAUUGUGA